AUGAGGAUUCGAGGGACCCACGGGAGCACAAAGCUUUGGGGGACCCUGGUGUACCCCAGUGCCAUCGGGAGCCAGUGGGAGACACUCGGUGCUGCCUCCCCGGGAAGAAAACCCCUGGGGAGACUGGAGGCCGCCUCUGGGGUUUGGGAAUAUUUCCAUGCCUGGUGGUGCUCAGCAGUCCUGCUUUGGGCUGGGCUGAGCGGGGCUCUGGGCCUGAGCCUAAGCCCAGGGAGCUUUGUGUUAUUCUUGGAAAGUUUCGCACCACUUGUGAAUUCCUUGAACCUUGGCAUUGCGAGCCCACUUCUGUUGGGCCCUCCUCCUUUACAGCUUGCACAAAUUAAGACCCACUUGGCUCUUCAGCAAUUGACCUCAGUUGCUACCAACAGUUCUGCACCUCCCUAUGCUUGGUUCAGUCAGGCAUUUCUGAAAAGCGCAAUGUUUAGCCCGAGAGGAACUUUACCUCAGAGGCCGAGAGGACCGAAUCCGUCUGGCACCAAACCGGGAUCCUUUAGGGGAGGAGGUGCGGGAGGGCUUCAGCGAAAGCCGGGGCCCGGCACGCCGCAAGGGACCUCGCAGAGAUUUUCGGGCCAGGAAACGUUUCAGUGGACGGGUUCCCAGAGGAUAAACGUUCGGGUAACUCUGCAUAGGCCUGAUCCGAGGAAGGCGAAGGAGAAGACGAACCUGCACCAGGAGCAGAAGGCAGAGCCUCGCACGAGUCACUGGGAUAGCAGCCCCUGUGCAACUGGGACAACUGGGCAAAAGCUACCUGCCCCGGCACGGAUCUCGGAGCAGAAUUCUAAUGCCCAGAACCGCUACACGCCAGAAAGUGCUUCCAGCAUUUUAGCGAGUUUCGGACUGUCGAAUGAAGAUUUGGAGGAACUCAGUCGCUAUCCAGAUGAUCAGCUGACACCUGAAAACAUGCCGCUGAUCUUGCGAGAGAUCCGGAUCCGUAAGAUGGGUCAGGCCUUACCUGCUUUGCAUACUCAGAGCCGAGGAGAAGACACGAUCGGUGGCACGAGCGGUGCAGCAGUCAAGAGCAAAGUGAUUGAUUACGGGCACGCGAGCAAGUACAGUUACACCGAAGAUCCUCUUGAAGUGCACCCGUAUAAUCCUGAGGCGCUGCCCGAAGAGCCCCUCGAAACCCGCGUCUACAAUCCCGAAGCGUCGAGCGGCGAGAACAGGGAAGACUUCCAACGGGAGCAGAACCUGUCCGUGAGCGUCCCGCCGUCUAGCGUGGCGUGUAAUCCCGUGUUCCCAGUGGAAGAUUUGAUAAAACCCACAGGCUUCCAGAACGAUUCCUCCACUACUCGAUCGUUUUAUCCAGCUGAGGCGACGGGAAAGGUGUCCGGAUUGUGCGCGGCGCCUGCUGGCCUCCCCGUGGUGAAGCCUGUGGCCCAGGCUGCCAUCCCGCCCGUGCUGCCGCCCAUGCUGCCGCCCAUGCUGCCGCCCCUGGCGCAGCCCCUGAUGCCUCCUGUCAUGCCGCCUCUGGUCCAGCAGUCGAUGACCCAGCACGUGAUGCCGCCCAUCACCCAGCCGCCCUUCUCAGCUGAGCUCCUUGCAGCCAUCAGCCAGCACGAGCGAACGCAGCGGGAAGCGGGGACGAGCCAGCCCGGCGCCCCCAGCGCCUCGGGAGCGGGACAAAAGCCCUUCCAGCCGCAGGCUGAGGGGCCCAUUAAGUCUCCUUUCGGUGUUGUGAAAGCACCGUGUCUGCCAGUGUUUCCCCAGACUGAUACCCAGCACAUGAUGCCACCCAUGACCCAGCCGCCUUUUUCAGCUGAGCUCCUUGCAGCCAUCAGCCAGCACGAGCGAACGCAGCGGGAAGUGGGGACGAGCCAGCCCGGCGCCCCCAGCGCCUCGGGAGCGGGACAAAAACCCUUCCAGACACAGGCUGAGGGGCCCAUUAAGUCUCCUUUCGGUGUUGUGAAAGCAUCCUGGCUGCCAGUGUUUUCCCAGUCUGAUGCCCAGAAGAUAAAAAGAUUGCCCACUCCAUCAAUGAUGAAUGACUACUAUGCUACAUCUCCAAGAAUAUUUCCACAUAUGUGUUCUCUGUGUAACAUUGAAUGCACUCAUAUGAAGGACUGGAUUCUGCACCAGAACACUCCUUCUCACAUUGAAAGCUGCCGCCAGUUACGUCAACAAUACCCUGACUGGAACCCUGAGUCUCAUUCCUCAAAGAGGUCCCACCCCAGUUUGUUUUCCCUUCUGCUCGCAGACAGAAAGGCAGCUCUGGAGGCGGUGGUGAAAAGUUUGGGACCUGGCUUUGUAGCAGAGUUCAAUAAACAUAGGUCACUUCAGGCAGCCGGGCAAGGAUCGUCGGGGUCGGGGAAGUCCCCCUCUCAUGGACUCCUGAGGAAGGUGCCUGGAAGUACGAAGAAGCCACUGAAAACAACUGUUUCUGCAAAGGCUCCAAGGAAAGACGUGUCUUCUUUGCCUGGGUCAAGUUCUUCAUCUCCUGACACUGAUGAUUUACCCCAAAGCAAAGACAUGGAAGAGGACGAGGAAGACGGAUCCACAGGAACCAGCGGACUUCGUCCUACUUCUUAUAAUAGGCUGUUGAGAGAGGAAUUGCUGAGCUGUGGGACAGUCCUUCAAAUAUCAGAUUUACCAGACGAUGGCUUUUCAGAUCAAGAUAUUAAAAAAAUUGUUCAGCCAUUUGGCAAAGUUAGCGAUCUCAUUGUACUUCGCUCUAGAAAUGAGGCUUUCUUGGAAAUGAACUAUAAAGAAGCAGUGAUAGCAGCUGUGAAAUACAGUGAAACUGUGCCAGUGCUGGUCAAUGGGAAACGGGUGAAAAUCAGUGUAGCAGAGAAGCCAAAAGCAUCUGCUGGCCAGGCCAAAAUGACUGUCAAAAAAAGAGCCCAGAAUAUUAAGAAGGUUUCAUCAAGUACAAAAAAAGAUCAGAACACGGCCACUAAGAGAACUAAAUCCAUUCCAGGUAAAAAAGAAAGGACUAAGAAAUCGGCAAUGUCAGGAGAUAGUAAAAUCAAGAAAACUUCAAAACCGGCGGCCAAAUCCAUAGAUGAAGACCUUCAGCUCUCAGCAGAAGCCCAGAUGGAGGUUGGGGAAUCCAAGCUGUCAGAGCCGAAGGGUGGCACGGAAGGGGCCGGAGCUGCAGAGCCUGUGAAGGCAGCAGAGACUCAGGCCAAAGGAGUGUCUAAUCCUGCACCUCUGCUGGAGAAACUUGCACAGAUGCCUCAGGCGGCGGCGUUGGUCUUGGAUAAGUUUAAUGAAGCUUUAGUUGAUCAAGAAGCUACGAUAACAACUACAAAGAGCGAAGAAUCAACAGAACCUGCUGGCAAGGAACCUGAUGAUGUAUGUGUGGUUCUUAUUUCAAACUUGCCUGAGAAAGGAUAUUCUGUCGAGGAAGUUUCCAACCUAGCAAAGCCCUUUGGAGGACUGAGGGAUGUACUGAUUUUAUCAUCUCAUAAAAAGGCAUAUCUUGAAAUAAAUAGGAAAUCUGCGGAUUCCAUGGUUAAAUUUUACACCUGCUUUCCAAUGUCCCUGGAUGGAAAUCAGCUCUGCAUCAACAUGGUGCCUCAGUAUAAGACUGUAAAAGAUGAAGAAGCAAUAUUUACUGGUAUAAUUAAAGAUUCUGACCCUAAGGUAAAUACUGAAACUAUUCACAGUCAGUUUGUGCAUCUCGGGAACUUGCCAGAUGAUGGAUACAGAGAACUCGAAGCAGUUUGUGUGGGACUUCGAUUUGGAAAAGUAGAUCAUUAUGUUGUACUGAAGAAUAAAAACAAGGCCAUCCUGCAGCUGGACAGUGCCAAGUCUGCGCGCUCCAUGUACAGCUUCCUGAAGCAGUACCCGUACAACAUGGGUGAGCAUACCUUGACCUGUACGUUGUCACCCCACGGAGACUCUGCCGAGGCUGAAGUUGUGAAAAAAGAAGUGAAGAAAGAGGAACCGAGCAAAGGAAGCUCUGGCUUGAAAAAAUAUCCAGAGGGAUCAGGAGUGGUGCAAACAGCAGCUGCUAAUCCUCCAGUAGAGCCUAGUGUGGCAAAGAAAGAACCCCUUUCCAUCUCUCAUGUCAAAGACGAGAUGUCAGCAGGACAGAUAGAGCCCUCUGAGUCCCACCUGGAAAGAGCAGUAAGGGAGUCUGCUGCGAGACUGGCAGAAACGUCUGCGGAGAAGGCGGACGCUGGAGUUGAAGUUACUGUGGCACCUCUCAAAUCUGCUGAGAGCGAAUCGUCUGGGGCGAAGUCAGAAGAGCCGCCGCCUUCCCGCGUGGAGAAGGAAGAGGCGGUUAGAGAGAAUCCCAAGUCAGCGUUGUUUGAAUCUGCUGUUGUAUCUGCUCCAGAGAAGGAAAUUAAAGAGAAAGAGUUGUCUGCUCCUGCCGUUGAGCCUCCAGAAGAAGUGCCCGAGGUGGGCAGGGCACAGGCUGGGCCGUCAGGGCGUGCCGAGGAGCCGGCAGCGGGCGAUGCGGCGGGGCCCGUCCCCGCAGCGGGGCCUGUCCCCGAAGCUGUGCCCCCUGGUUCUGCUGCAGCUUCAGUGGAGAUGGCGUCACCUGCUCUCACACAACCAACCAACCCCGUGGAUGCUCCUGAAAAAAAUCCCGUUUCUGAUGCUGUGAAAACCAACCGUGAAAUGCCCGUAACGCAGAUAACGGAGAAGAAACCUGUCCUUAAAACUGGGGCGGCCCUGGAGAAGAACGUGGAUGACCCAGAGCUGAAACCAGAAGAGUCUGCACUCAGUGUUGGAAGAGCUGCGGAAGAGAACCCUGAAAAGUUUCUGGUCAAGACUGGGGCAGAGACAGAAGAGAAGCUUGAAAAAUCUGCGGCCAGCGUUGAGGCUGCUGUGGAAAACGCUGCAAAUACUGUCAGUGAGAACAACGAGGGAGGUUUAAUCAAAGCCCAUCUAAACAAAGGAACAGGACCAGCAGAAACCGAUGAGACCUGCAAAGCAGAUACGUUAAGCUCCUCUUUAUCUGUCAAGGAAUCUUCCUCUGUUGGUAAAACAAUUUUAAAGGCAGUGGUGUCUCUUCCAGAUAUCUCAAAGUCAAGGGUUCCAGUACAGAGAAAUGAGCCUUCCCUGUGUAAAGGAGGGGAGCAAAAAGCUCCUGAGACCCAAGGCCAAGCGUCAGCGGAGAAGAAAAUGACACCAAAAGAAGCGGCUCAUCCGAGAGCUGGUAGCGGCCGAUCGAGCCUGGGAGAUGGCGGCGACAAAUGUAAAGUGAGCAGAAGUGCUGUGGUUGAUGGAAAGGGAGGCAAUGGGAGGAAUUCAUCUCCGCAAGAGAAGGACUCGCGAGUGGAAUCUAGGGCUAGUUCAAAACAGUCUCAAGAGGGAGAGAGUAGAUCAUCCAGCACGAAGAGAGACAACAGCAGCAAUAAGGCUUCUGCCGGUGGCAACGCUAAGACUUCAAAAAGUGGCACUAGCAGCAGCGCCAAACAGAAGGAGGAAGAAGAGCUCUUUCCAUUCAACCUGGAUGAAUUCGUUACUGUGGAUGAGGUCAUAGAGGAAAUCGAGUCUCCCAUUAAAACACGACAAAACCCCCCCAGGGGAAAGAGAAAAGACGGUCCUAAAACGAACUUCUCUUCUGAGCCUAGUUCCAAGAGAAGGAAAGGGAAGAGCUCGGCAGCGCGCGUCGCUGAAAGUGAACUCUCUUUUGUCACUUUGGAUGAGAUCGGGGAGGAGGAGGAUGUGACUGCACAGCUCAUGGGAGUUGCUAAUUUAGAAGCCCUCAGUGACCCGCAGGGCCUGGUUGUGGUGGACGAAGUGAUGGAAGAGGAAGAACUUCUGUCAGAAGCAGUAAAGGACCCGCAGGCGCUCGUUACGUUGGAUGAGAUCGCGGAGCAGGAGGAGCCCCGUUCUCAGAAAGGUCUCCCCGGGGCCGGUUUUGAGGAGCAGGAUUUGAAAGCUGAACCCUUGGUGACGGUGGAUGAAAUCGGUGAAGUUGAGGAGCUGCCUCUGAAUGAGCCCGCGGACCUGAGCGCUGAGGAUGUGCUGAAACACAAGGAGGGGGAUAAGGUGGCUGCGGAGGACGCCGGGGAUGGUGCCUCCUCCCAGGUGCCCGAUGAUCCCAGCGCUCUUGUGACGGUCGAUGAAAUCCAAGAGGACAAUGAAGAUAACCCUCUCGUGACCUUGGAUGAAGUGAACGAAGAUGAAGAUGAUUUUCUGGCUGAUUUCAAUCGUCUGAAAGAGGAACUAAACUUUGUUACAGUAGAUGAAGUUGGAGAGGAGGAUGAGGAAGAAGAAAAUACUUCCCCAGGGAAAAAUCUGAACAAGGAUGAAGACGAUGAAGAUAUUGUUGCUGUUGCAGGACCAGAAGAGGAAGAAAUUGCUGCCAUUGCAGGACCAGAAGAGGAGGAUAUUGUUGCUGUUGCAGGACCAGAAGAAAUGGAAAUUCUAGGAGAUAUGAGUCCAGAAGAAGAAAUGAUUGCAGUCUCAAAGUCAAAAGUAGAUCAGCUGGGAUCAGCAGAUAAAGAACCGGAGCCUAAGCAGAAGAAAACGGCUUCGUCAGAUGUUUCCAAGCCACAGAGCACUCCAAAAGAUUUGGAUUACCUAGUGCCAAAGGCUGGCUUUUUCUGUCAGAUCUGCUCGCUGUUCUACGCAGAUGAAACCUCUGUCAAAAAUCACUGCAAGACGCUGCUUCAUCAGCAAAACAUGGAGAAAUUCAUGGCCCAGCAGAAGGAGGAGGAUAACGGUGGAGAAGAGCGGAGUUCAAGGUGAUCAGAGGGAAGAAGGAUUCUUUCAGUGAAUUAAACUUAGGGUCCAGUCAAUUUUGCGUAUUUUGUUAUGUUUUAAUUUGUAAUUUUGUUUCAGAAACAAGCAUUCAUGUUGUAUAAAUUUGAGCUCAGUAUAGACAGACCGAAAACAAACCAUAUGGUGGCUUUGAUUUGUAUAUCAAAUCAUCGGACUUGGAAGAGACUUCUUUUACAAGUGUCGACAAGAAAUAAAUGUUCUUACUGUAUAGUUACCACCGGG